CCCACCUCAGAGGGAAACGGUCACGGACGCCGCCAUUUUGGUCUAGGGGUCGGUUGCGGAGAGGGUGGAGGCAGCAUCUUUGCCGGGAAUCUCUACUCUCUCCCUUCCUUUAUAAUCUCCCCUAGAACGGAGGCCUGCAGUUGACAGAGGAAAAAGUCGCGGUCAUGUUGUCUCGCGUCGUCGUGGCUUCGGCUGGUGCUCUGAAGACUUCAGCCCCUAUCACUGCCAGCGUAUUGCCAGUAUCCAAGUCUUUUCAUAUAAGCUGUCAGCCUCGGGCACCAGUGCCACCCCUUCCCGAGGAAGGAGGCAAAGUGCGUCAUGGUUUGUUUCCAGAAGAAUUUUUCCAAUUCUUGUACCCAAAAACUGGGGUAACAGGCCCUUAUAUGUUUGGUGUUGGGCUGUCGACUUACCUUCUGUCAAAGGAAAUUUAUGUCAUCAACCAUGAAACAUUUUCAGCUAUCUCGAUUGGCAUUGUUAUCCUCUAUGCUGUCAAAAAGUAUGGCAAGGACGUGGCAAAAUUUGCUGACCAAUUGAAUGAGGCCAAGAUUCAAAAAGCACAAGAAGUAAAAGAUCUAGCCAUUAGCAGCUUACAAGAAGCUAUUGAAGCAGAAAAGAAAGAACAGUGGAGAACAGAAGGACGCCAUCACCUUUUUGAUGCAAAGCGGAACAAUGUUGCAAUGAUUCUAGAAACCAACUACCGUGAACGACUGCACAUGGUGUACGAUGCAGUGAAGAAACGUCUAGAUUACCAAGUCAGUCUCCAGCAUCUACAGCGAAGAUUUGCGCAACAGCACAUGGUUAAUUGGGUGGAGAAGAGUGUAAUCCAGAGUAUCACACCUCAGCAGGAGAAAGAGAGUAUUGCCAAAUGCAUCUCUGACCUCAAAGCACUGGCAAAGACUGCUCAAGCAAGGGUUUAACCUUGAUCCAGAAUUGCUAUUGACAUAACAUCUCUGCAGAUAUGCAGAAUUUUAUGUAUAUGUAACACUGAAAAAAUGUAACCUAGCUUCCUUAUAAAUGUUCUUGUAAUCUGGAAGAGAACAUUAAAUGAAAUGUUGAUAAAUCUGCA